AUGAGUCGUCGAGCAGCAGGAAUAUUUAACACUACAUGGGCAAGAGUGAUCAAUAGAAAGGCAUUACUCAUGACUGGAAUGGUCUGUUGUGGAUCUCUCUAUGCCUUUCAAAGAUAUCGAUCGAAUACUCUCGAAAUUCAGAAAAGAACCAUGCUCCUAGCUCAAGAGGAAAACUUUUCCGAGGAGGAUAGCACGACUCAAUGGCAGUUCAUUAACCCGACCUGUGGAGCAUCCUCGCCAGCGUUUUUAAAGGAAUAUCAACCGGAGGAUCUGCCGGUCGUGGAGGCAGAUUUAUCGUUUGCUCCCAAUGUUCCUCCACCCAUACAACGAAAUUAUCCAGUGCGGCUUGUGGUAAAUCUUGAAACCACUGUAGUGUUGGGAAAGUUGUCACCUCAGCACAAGUAUGAAUUUUGGACAUUCAAUGGAAAAGUUCCGGGACCUUUUAUUCGUGCUCGAGUUGGAGAUGUCAUGCAAAUUAAUUACACAAAUAAGGAUGAAAAUGGAGUGGCUCACAAUAUUGAUUUUCAUGGUGUGACUGGACCUGGAGGUGGUGCUGAAUUGACCUUUGCAGAGAAGGAUGAGACUAAAACUGCCUAUUUCAAAUUGUUGUAUCCAGGAUUGUUUGUGUAUCAUUGUGCAGCGGGACCUGUACCCACUCACGUUGCGAACGGAAUGUAUGGACUCUUAUUGGUGGAACCUGAGAAUGGCAUGCCAAAAGUGGAUCGAGAAUUUUAUGUCAUGCAAAGUGAAUUUUAUGGAGAGCCCUCAGAUGACGAUCCCAAAAUAUUGGAAUAUUCCUACGUCGAUGGAUUGGAUGAGAAACCAGCCUAUGUCGUUUUUAAUGGUAGAGACAGUUCACUGAUUGAAAAUCCUCUUCAAGCUCGAACGGGAGAACGAUUAAGGAUUUAUUUUGGAAAUGGAGGACCCAAUCUCACCUCUUCCUUCCACGUGAUUGGAGCUAUUUUUGAUAAGGUCUAUCGAGAAGGUGAUGUAGUAAGCAAUCCUGCGAGAUUUCUUCAAAUUGCAUCAGUUCCUCCUGGUGGAUCUACAGUUGUGGAAUUUGAUGCACAAGUACCUGGAAACUUUACCUUGAUGGAUCAUGCCAUCUUUAGGUUGGAUAAGGGAGCCACAGGAUUUUUGAAGGUUUCUGGUGCCAGUCGGCCAGAUAUUUAUGAUGGAACGGAUCGACCUAAACGAUGUCCAAAUUGUAAAUUGCAUGACUAG